AUGGCCACCGACGUAUCAAGGCAGCGCUUCCUCAUCAAGGACUUACUAACACACAACGUCACGCUCUACCCUGCCAGGGCCAAGGUCGUCCGUAACGUCCCAGACGUUGUCCUUCAGCCUGGAUCAAACGAGAUUGAGAUCUAUGGCCUCACCCCUACAGCCGACGAGCAUUCCGUGCAGAUCGAGGGCCAAGGUGCAGCCGCGACUAUCACUGAUAUGACAGUCGACCUGGUCGCCAACACUGACAUCUUUGAGGAAGUGUAUCCACCAGAUUCUGGUGAUGAAAGCAGUGAAUCAGAAGAGGAGGAAGAUAGCGAGAACGAGAUUGAUGCCGUAAAGGCUAUUUCGGACGAGCUGAAAACGCUCCGUGCCAAAUCGAUGCACGCUGUUGAGCUCCAGCGAACUGCUAACCGGCGCCUCCUGGCUCUGGACAGCUACAUCAACACGGUGAAUGCUUCAAAGAACAAUUCCGAAGACGUGACGAAGAUCCUCAAGCAGUACCAGGAUGAGCGGAUGGAGACGUUCACCUCUCACUCAAAGGCCACUGAGGAGCUUGCAGACCUCAACAGGCAGGUAGCCCGGAAGGAGAAGGAGAAGUGGAAGGCGGGCAAGGACGAACGCAGCCGCAAGGAGAAGCUUGAAAAAGAGAAGGAGAAAGAACGAGUCAAAAAAGAGCGUCAGAAGGCGGAGCGCCGAAAAGAAGCUCAGCGUGUCAAGGAAGAGCGCAUGAAGUUCUGGCCAAAGAAAGUCUAUCGCGUCGUGCUGCACCUAGAGACGCCGCUGGACACUCCCGGGUCUUCACGCAGAGGCUCUAUUGACUCGGUCACACUUGCUCAAGGGCAAUCCCCUUCGCUGCCGAAAGAGCAGCCGGAGCAGGGUGGAAAUGCGCCAGCUGAAACAAGACUAUCGCUUUCUCUCUCAUAUGUCACGUCCGAAGCAUCGUGGAGGCCCCGGUACGAUCUCAGUAUCUCCUCUUUGAAGAAAACUGCAAAAAUCUCUUACCGUGCCGAGUUCACCAAUGGCACCUCCGAGACCUGGAAAGAUGCGAAAGUAUCACUGUCGACCUCGCAAACCUCUUACACUGGUCUCGAUGACACCGUCCCAUACAUGGAUGCCUGGCGUGUCAGACUCGACAAAGACUCUGGACACAGCUCUUCAGACGGGGCCAUGAGCUAUCAGGAACUCCACAAGCCUCGCGUCGGCAACUCCGCGCCCUCGCGCGUCAACCGUUACGAACUUUUCGGCGUCGACCGGACUUACAUACCGGAUGCUAGUAAGAAGCAAACUAGAUGCGGAAGAUGCGGCGGAGAUCACCGCAAUGCUAGCUGCCCUUACGGGACGGAAACCAUGUUCCCGUCUGUUCCAGCCCAGGCUUCUUUACCAUUUGGCAGCAACGAUCCUGCAGACGUGUACGCUCCGAGGAUUUCCGCUUCCGCCCAACAGCAACAGCUCAUGUCAACGCGGAGCUUGCAAGAGGCCUCUUCACGACCGAACCCCAGAGGCAGCGGCGGCGGCGGCGGCGGCGCAAUGAGACAUCGCCGUGUACUAACAGACGAAGAGUACGAAGAAGCCUGCGAAGGGGCCGACGACGACAACCUCUUCGCCAACGAGGAGGAGCCCCGCCUCAGCUACGAAGAGUCCACCUGGGAAGAAGAAGGCCUAACCGCCUCCUACGACGUCCCAGGCCUUCGCACCCUCCCGCCCUCUUCCCUGACCCGCCGCCAUAAAAUCGCUUCCCUGACCGCCUCAAACAUCCACAUGUCUUACAUCUGCGUGCCCAAGCUCCGCUGCGCCGCCUUCCUGCGCGCCAAAGUGCGGAACCCGUCUUCCAGCAUCACCUUGCUGAAGGGCUCGGCAGGCGUCACGCUCGACGAGUCUUUCCUAGGCAACAUGACGCUUCCCCGCGUCUCCCCCGGCCAGGCGUUCGACCUCCCGCUCGGCGUCGACCCGGCGAUCCACGUCGCAUAUCCCAAGCCGAACGUACGACGCAGCACUCAGGGCUUCAUCAACAAGGAGAGCGCGCAGGCGUUUAGCCGCGCCGUCUGGCUGACCAAUACGCGGCAGGCGCCCGUGGAGCUGCUCGUGUUGGACCAGGUGCCUGUGUCGCAGGAUGAGAGGCUGAAGAUUGGGCUGGUGCAGCCGAAGGGGUUGGGUGCGGUGGGGGAUGCGGUCAGGGCGGGCCAGCCGGCGCAGGAGGGCAAGAACGGCAAGUGGGGAAAGGCGGUGGCGACGUUGAAGAAGAAUGGGGAAGUCGCGUGGAAUGUUACGCUGGAGAAGGGGCAAGCGUGUUUGUUGGGGUUGGAGUAUGAGGCGAGGCUGCCGAGUACGGAGAAGAUUGUCUCGACGUGA